UUUUGAAUUCAUUCAAAAUUGAAAGUUGUUGUCAGCGGUCAUCAGGAACAAAAAACGCGAUUUGGUUGUGAUUUUUUGUUAAAAAACGGUUAAUGGUGUUGUAAAAUGGCGUACGGUUCGACUUACAGCGAAGACACCGGUUAUGUUAAUAUUCAUGGACAAGACGUCCGAGUGCUCGUCUGCAAUAAAACGGGGAGUAUUGCAAUCCCGAUUGAUGAAGUCAAAGAAAUGGGGUUUCGGUUGUACCGCAAAAGCCAGUACAGCAGGCUCUUGAUAGACGACAACCAAUUUGGAAAAGAGUUCUAUAUGUACAUGCUCGACUGCGCCCAAACGUACAUGCUAAAAAAAGAGAUAGUUUUUAAAGAGAACGACAUUCUCGAAAACAUUAACAAAUGUAAAGCCGCGCUCACAGGCAAUCAGAGUAACAAAUUCUCGCUUACGCCCCCUCGUCAUAGUGUUGUACGUAGCGAAACUCCAAGCAAUCCAGUGUCACUUAAAACCCUUCCCGGUAAUUUCGCGGAGAAUCACGUAGUCGAAAGUAGCCCCGAUCGCAUCACGGUGACCGCAAAUUUGAGGGAGUUCUCAGCCAGAGUGAAGCAAAGUGCACACAACGAUGCCAGAUUUAGGGGGUUUGUCAAAACUAGGAGUCCGGCGGCUUCGGUUAACUCCGCCGACAGUUGUCACUUCGAAAAUAAUCAUGAAAGACGAGUUUUCGGUGAAAGUAGUUUCGAACAACGGAAGCCGCUGAGUCCUAGAACGCCUAACGAUAACGGCGCCAAAAACAGUUUUAAUAAAUCAAACAACAGACAAACUGACGUAGAGGAUUAUGAAGAACCGACAAAGAGACUUGAAACCAUUGUGUUGAAUAAACCUGAGCAUAAAGUUCUGAUAUCUUUUAUUGAAAAAGCAAACACUGUGUGGGUGCAGGAUGUAGACAACUGCGAGGUUUUGUUAGAAAUUGAUGGCAAGAUUAAAGAGGAUAUAAACAAAGAGGAGGAAAAAAUUUAUAGGCUUGCUUGGAAUAAAAUGUACCUAGCGUUGUCACAAGAGGAUGAUAUGUGGUAUAGAUGUAGGGCAAUCAAGUUCAACCCCCUCACAGUUUUCUUCGUGGACUAUGGCAACACCGCCGAAGUGCCUUACGUCCGAAAAGCCUCUGAAUCCCUAUCAAAAAUCCCGUGUCAAGCCAUCAAAAUCAUAUUCAAUGAAACCCAAUACAACCCUGUACUCUAUGAAACCAUCACCAUCAGAACAAAAAAACGCUUCGAGAACGGCUCCUACGCAGUCGACGUUAAAACCGACCAAGAACCCCCUUGUUUGCAGGCGGAGCUCCCUAAAAUCCCCUCUAUCCCCACUUUUUUCACCAAACCCCAGCCCCUCUGUCCGCUCGAGAACGGCCAAAGAGUGAUGCUCCUCUCCCACAUGAACGGAAAACUGGCCCUUAGAACUAAAGAGUGCUAUGAUAAAUUCAAGCAAGUAGAAAAGGCGUUAGAAGAGCGAGGGGCUAAGGCGGAGCUUGUUGAGAAGGUGGAGAGGGGGCAGUUGGUUUUGUGUAAGAGGGGGAAGUUCCAAAGGGGCAUGGUUAAAGAUAUUCAGAGUGGUGGGGUUGUAGUUGAGUUGUUGGAUCAUUGUGACACAGUUAACGUGGAUUUGUCGAAUCUUAGACACAUUAAUGAAGGGUUGGCCAUGCAGUCACUCACCUAUGUUCUAACACCGCAAAUUAAGGGGUAUGAUGACAAUGUUGACGAAAUUUUGCAGCAGUUAUGCCAAAAGAGCGUGAAAGGAACUGUGGUUUUAUCAGCUAACAAUGACUUUGACAUUAAACUAGUUGAUGGGUUCCUCUCUGACAAACUUAAACCACAACAUAGCGGUCGCCCGAUGUUAAAAGACUUUCAAAUUUACACCCCUCCUUUAGGUUUAGACAGUUAUAUUUGUAACGUUUACGAGAACAAAGACAGCGUUUAUUUCACUUCUGAGAAAGCGCUUGUUGAGCACUUGAAGUGCGUUAUUAUAUCGGAAAUGGAAGAUGGCGAUGCGUACGAACCCGUUGUGGGUGAAGUCUGUCUGGGUUUCUAUCAAGAUAGUUGGUCCAGGUGCGUCGUAAUGAAUGUGACGAAUCGCAGAUUUGAAGUUCGAUUCAUUGAUUUUGGUAACGCAGACGUACUUAAGGCGGAUCUGUUGAGAAAAUUGACGGAUGAUGCCAAAGGGGCGCCUGUUUUGGCGUUCUGCUGCAAGUUAACAGGGCUACCUUCAGUCAACAAUGUGGAAGACCGAAUAAAGCAGAAUUUAACAGACGGUGAGCUUUACGACGUCAAUGUCAAGAAGUUGGACGGCGUUACAUAUGAAAUCGAAAUACCGGCUUUAUACCAAGCCUUGAAAAAGUAGACUUUUACUGCGAAUUGUAAUUUUAACCUUUUUAUUUAUUCGUUUUUACCAUUUUGAAAUUAUAUUUACGUUACGGACGCUAAAAUAAAUAUUAAUUUGGAAUUUUAUACGUUGCAAAUAAAGUUUUAACAUGAUCA